AUGAGAGCUCAGCGCUAACUCUCGGUCGCUUGGUAAGUCAUCGUCAGCUGACAUGCUAGCAUCGCAACAACGGUAGAUGCGCAUUCGUAAAUAACGACGCGCUCGGACAGGUUGUAUUGCAGCAGCUCUCUUCGUCAAGUCAACAAAAACAAUGGUAGAUCUAAAGACAAACGUUAGUUUCGUGUGUCAACGAUGUUUACAGCCUCUGAAGCUGGACUCCAGCUUCGAUCAUCUCGGGGAACACACACUGGCUGAACUCUCACUACCUAUACAACAACAAGUUGUCGGAGAACUGGAACCACAAAGCGACAGCAUAGAACAUUUUGUUCAACCAUUCCGAUUUAUCGAAUCGGGAAAUGGUACAAAUGGAUUCACAUUGGUUGGUGGUGAUUCUGGCGAAACAGAAAGCUUAAGUCGUCACUUAAAGGUGCAAGCUACGUUAUUUGAUAUUCUCAGUAGCAGUAGUUCGGCAGAUCAUCCACUUUGUGAUGAAUGCACAGAUAGUCUUUUAUUAUAUAUGGAUCAGCAAUUGCGAAUGACAGAGGGAGAAUGGUCAGAUUAUAAUGAGUACCUGAAGAAACUAGAGAUGGAGCAACAAUAUAGAGGAAACGAGGAUGUGGAAAUGGAAAAUCUCACAAAGGAAUUGCAAGAUGUAAAGGCUGAAGAAGAGAGAAUGAUAAGAGAACUAGAAGCCUUGAGAAAGGAAGAGAUAGCCACUAGGAAUGCCAUAGCGGAACAAGAGAGAGAAAAAGAGAGGUUGCAAAGCGAAGAAGACAGGUACUGGAAAGAGUAUACAAAGCACAAAAGAGAUGUCAUGUUAGCUGAAGAUGAGUGUCGCAGUUUGGAUAAUCAGUUGGUAUACGCAUCUUCACAGCUCGACAGAUUGAAAAAAACAAACGUGUUCAAUGCAACAUUUCAUAUUUGGCAUUCAGGUCACUUCGGAACAAUCAAUUCGUUUCGACUAGGACGAUUGCCAAGCGCACCUGUGGAUUGGAGCGAAAUAAAUGCGGCAUGGGGUCAAACAACUCUUUUAUUAGAGGCGCUCGCACGCAAAAUGAACCUCAAAUUCAAGCGCUUUCGUUUAGUACCGUUCGGUAAUCACAGUUAUAUCGAGGCACUGGAUCAAAACAAGGAACUACCACUAUACGGAAGCGGAGGAUUCAAAUUUUUAUGGGACACAAAAUUUGACGCAGCUAUGGUGGCAUUUUUGGAUUGCUUGCAACAAUUUAAGGAGCAAGUGGAAAAAGGAGACAGCGGAUUCUGUUUGCCUUAUAGGAUGGAUCGAGGCAAGAUUGAAGAUUCAGCGACCGGCAACUCCUAUUCUAUUAAAAUACAAUUUAAUUCGGAAGAACAAUGGACCAAGGCGUUAAAGUUCCUAUUGACAAAUUUGAAAUGGGGUCUUGCAUGGGUUAGCUCUCAAUUCACAAAAGAUGAAUUGAAUAUUAAUUGAAUAUUAAAAUAUUUGUGAUUUUGCGUAAUUUGAAUUAUGCAAUUAUCUCGUCCUUGCUUGUGUGUAUAUAUAUAUAAAUGCUCUAUUUGUAAAUAAACGCGGUUGAACGAUGA